UUCCAUAACACAAUAACAUCAUCUUCACCACUAUCCAUCUUUCUCUACACUCACUCUCUCUUUUCCUCUCAACCAUGUUCUCACCUGCUAGAACCAUAGCUCUACACUCAUCACCAUCACCAUCAUCAUCAACAUCUCCUUCAAUUUCCAAAUCAAACACAACAACCAAUUUUAUUCCCAAACCCAAAAGUCUCCUCCAAAACCACCCACUUUACACACCAACUAAUGAAAAACUCUCCCUUCAAUUCAAAGAAAAAAUCCUAUCUCUUGAAUUAAUGGAUAUUGAUUCAGGUAAAGCACUCUCUCAAAAUCCUAAUCUUCACACAGCUACCUUAGAAUCCAUUCAUUCCAUUAUCACUUUCCUUCUCUCCAAAGGAUUAAUACAUCAAGACCUUCCAAGAAUCUUUGGUAUGUGUCCUAAGAUUCUCACUUCAAAUAUCGAAACUGAUCUUAACCCAGUUUUUGAUUUUCUCAUACAAGACCUUAAAGUACCUGAUUAUAAGUUUAGAAAAGUUAUCAAAAAGUGUCCAAGAUUACUUACUUCUAGUGUUAAGGAUCAGCUUAAACCAGCUUUGUUUUAUCUUAAUAGAUUAGGUUUAAGGGAUUUAGAUGCUUUAGCUUAUCAUGAUUGUGUUUUAUUGGUUUCAAAUGUUGAAAGGACACUUAUUCCUAAACUUAGGCAUUUGGAGAGUAUGGGAUUUUCUAAAGAAGAGGUUAGAUGUAUGGUGGUUAGGUGUCCUGCAUUGUUGACUUUUAGUAUUGAGAAUAGUUUUAAGCCAAAAUUUGAGUAUUUUUCUGUGGAAAUGAAGGGGAAAUUGGAAGAGUUGAAACAUUUUCCUCAGUAUUUCUCUUUUAGUUUGGAGAAUAGGAUUAAGGUUAGACAUAUGGAGAUUGUUCAAAAUGGGGUAAAUUUGCCUUUGUCAUUGAUGCUGAUAAGUACUGAUGAUGAAUUUAGAGAGUUGAUAGCCAAGGGGAAUAAGUGAUUAUUGUAUUGGGACUUGGGAGCAUUAUGAUAUUUGUAUAUGUAUGUGAAUGUGAAUGUUUAUGCAUAGUUUCCGCACGAAGUUGGGAAAUUUGACAAAUUGUAUAUAUCUUUGUAUCGACUCCUCGGUGAAAUUGGACUGGAGUUAUAGUCCAAGUUUAUUUA